CGCAACGCGAGUUGAAAUGCACAGCGGUAGCGGUUGUAUGAAUUCUGUCGGAACAUAUCAGCUGAUCUUUAGGUCGUUUUUUCCCCGUUGACUUUUAGACUAGAUUCAUUCAACUGAACACAACUAGUUUAUUACCAACAUUAAAACAAGAUCACCUGUAAAAUGGAUUGUUCUUCUGAGGCGGUGCAGUUGCUUUCGGAUGAAGCCACCGCUCCAAUGGAAUUGAAAAAAGGAAUGUCCAUAUUCCUGGAUAUCUUAAGAAGAGCAGAUAAAAACGAUGAUGGGAAGUUGUCGUUUGAUGAGUUCAGAGCCUACUUCCAUGAUGGAGUUUUGACAUCCGAUCAACUGAAGGAGCUCUUUAACACCAUAGACACUCACAACACAGACAAUGUGGACACUGACGAGCUGUGUGAGUACUUCUCCCAGCACCUUGGUGAAUACGAGAAGGUCCUGGCAGCUCUGGAGGACCUCAACAUGACAAUACUGAAGGCUAUGGACAAGACCAAGAAGGACUAUCAGGAAGCCACACACCUGGAGCAGUUCGUGACACGCUUCCUGUUAAAAGAGACAACCAAUCAGCUCCACUCGCUGCAGAGCUCCCUGGAAUGUGCCAUGGAGACCACGGCCGAGCAAACCCGUCAGGAGAGGCGAGGCCCAGUAAAGCCUGAUGUGCUGUCAAUCCAGUGGUCAGGGAGAAGAUCCAACCGAAGGCUUCAAAGAAAUAACAGUCUGUCUCCUAACAACCCACUACUCAGCCUGGUCAAUUCAGGUCUGUAUGACGAGGACAACCAAUGGAUGACUCAGGUCAACAGACUCCAGAAGCUUAUUGACCGGCUAGAGAAAAAGGAAGUUCGUAUGGAGCCAGUUGAAGAGGAGGUGUUGGAAGGAAUCACCAAAUCACACAUCCUGAUAGUCCAGAGACAGCUGAAUGUGUUGGAGGAGGAGCUGGAGGAGUUCCGCCUGGCUCUCAGGCAGUACAUGGAGUGUGCCUGCGCCCAGACGGGCUGUCUGCACGUGGCAGUUCAGCGACUGGCUAAUGAGUCCCGUUUCAUCCUGUACGAGUUCUGGGAACACAACCACGUGUGGAAGAACCAUCUCCAGACAAACUACAGUAAGACUUUCCAGAGAGGGAACGUGGACUUCCUGGAGACACCAGAGCUCAUGACCACCAUGCUGGUGCCUGCCUCCUGGUGGGUCCUAAACAACAACUAAAUGACAUCACGCCAGGCCGACUGAGGACCGCUAUCGAUCAGAAACGUAGUUUGUAGUCUAUCGUCUAUCAUUAGCAUUGGGAAGAAGUGCACACACACACACACACACACACACACACACACACACACACACACACACACACACACACACACACACACACACACACACACACACACACACACACACACACACACACACACACACACACACACACACACACACACACACACACACACUGUCAACUUGUACUGUGAAGUCAUUCUGAAUUAUUAUGUAUCAGACCUUUGUGUCCCUUCCUCAUUAGCUGUGUUUUGAUGAUGCUGUUCAUGCUCCUAGAUGUUCACUGUUAGGAUGAUGCUGUGUCAUGCUCCUAGAUGUUCACUGUUAGGAUGAUGCUGUGUCAUGCUCCUAGAUGUUCACCCUGUUAGGAUGAUGCUGUUUCAUGCUCCUAGAUGUUUACCAUGUUAGGAUGAUGCUGUUUCAUGCUCCUAGAUGUUCACCCUGUUAGGAUGAUGCUGUUUCAUGCUCCUAGAUGUUUACCAUGUUAGGAUGAUGCUGUGUCAUGCUCCUAGAUGUUUACCCUGUUUUGAUGAUGCUGUGUCAUGCUCCUAGAUGUUCACUGUUAGGAUGAUGCUGUUCCACGCUCCUAGAUGUUCACCCUGUUAGGAUGAUGCUGUUUCAUGCUCCUAGAUGUUUACCAUGUUAGGAUGAUGCUGUUUCAUGCUCCUAGAUGUUUACCAUGUUAGGAUGAUGCUGUGUCAUGCUCCUAGAUGUUUACCCUGUUAGGAGGAUGCUGUUUCAUGCUCCUAGAUGUUUACCCUGUUAGGAUGAUGCUGUUUCAUGCUCCUAGAUGUUUACCAUGUUAGGAUGAUGCUGUGUCAUGCUCCUAGAUGUUUACCCUGUUAGGAUGAUGCUGUUUCAUGCUCUGAGAUGUUUACAUCAGCAGAGAUUCCAGGCAUGUGUCUCAAAUGGCACCCUAUUCCCUAUAUAGUGCACUACUUUAGACCAGAGCCCUAUAGAGCCCUAUUCCCUAUAUAGUGCACUACUUUGGACCAGAGCCCUAUAGAGCCAUAUUCCCUAUA